AUGUCAUCAAGACCAAUGUCAGGUUGCACGGGACGUCACGGAUUUCGGACCAAAAGGACAAGUCAACGACUCGCCAUGGAGAUUGUUUCAUGCUUUGCACCUACAAUGCCAGAACGGUCUCCACCAACGCCGAUCUUCAAGGUCCCACCUCGCCUGGCUAUCCUCCGACUCCGUCCUCUUCAUCAGAAAGCCAUCACUAUCAUCAACUGCUAUUCUCUAACAUCGGCAGCUGAUGAUUCGAAACUUGAUGCUUUUUAUGAGGAUUUGGAGGAAGUCAUCCGCAAAGAAAACUCCAUCUAUAACUGCGUGGAUCACAUCCAGACAGUUUCGAGGGUUAUCGAGGUUUGCCGAGAGUACCCCCUACCUCUCAUCCUAACCUUCGUUGACUAUGAGGAAGCGUUUGACAGCGUCGAGACUAAUGCCAUACUGUCAGCUCUCGUCGACUAA